AUGACACUCAGGUCCCCUCCCUCAACAACCACCUUCCCUGAAUGUUCGGCGACGCCCCAGAUCCCUCAGUGCACCCGGCAGAGGUCCUGCUUGCACACCUUCCUGGGAGGGUAUCUUGCUUUGGCUUUGGCAUUACCGGUUACUGCUCACACCACCUUCAACAACCCAAGACAUUUGAUUAUGUGCUCACUCGCUUCCUCUGGCUCUCCUCAUCCCUUGCUGCUCUUUGCCCAGGAUGACCAGCCGAGCACCCAGCACCUCCUCCUGCCCCUCUCGCCCCCAAGACCCUCCGGAUCAUCCACACCCCAGCUGCGGAUACUCAACAACUUGCGCUGGGGAUUGUCUACGCCUAUGCCAACCACAUAG